GGCGGGAGCGGGCUCUGUGGUCAGCUGAGCGGCGCCCGGCGGGUCGCGAGGCCGCGCGUCAUCGUCCUGCUGCCCGGUCGCCGCCCCCCGGCCGGUCCCUGGCGGGCGUCGGCAUCCAGAGCUUUGGGACAAAAUGCCAACGAAGCAGUGACCUGAGAGGAGCGGAUCCCUGUGGCUGGACCUGUUACCAUGUCCCAUCAACCUCUGAGCUGCCUGACUGAAAAGGGGGACAGCCCUUGUGAGACCCCAGGAAAUGGACCCUCCAAUAUGGUUCACCCCAGCCUGGACACAUUCACCCCUGAGGAGCUACUACAGCAAAUGAAGGAACUGCUGGUCGAGAACCACCAGCUAAAAGAAGCCAUGAAGCUAAAUAAUCAAGCUAUGAAAGGGCGAUUUGAGGAGCUUUCUGCCUGGACAGAGAAGCAGAAGGAAGAGCGCCUGUUGUUUGAGAUGCAGAGCAAAGAGGCUAAGGAGAGCCUCAAGGCCCUGAGUCACGAAAAUGAGAGGCUGAAGAAAGAGCUUGGAAAACUAAAAGAGAAAUCAGAAAGGCCGUUUGAAGACCUCACAGGUAACUACAGGUCUCCCAGAGCCGACUUGGAGCAGGAAGUGGAGAAGCUGAAGACCCAGGUGGAGCAGGAAGUAGAGCAUCUGAAGAUCCAAGUGAUGCGCCUUCAGGCGGAAAAGGCAGACCUGCUGGGCAUCGUCUCAGAACUGCAGCUCAAACUCAACUCUGGUGGCUCCACGGAAGACUCCUUCGUUGAGAUCAGGAUGACUGAAGGAGAGACUGAAGGGGCAAUGAAGGAGAUGAAGAACAGCCCUAUACCCACAAGAACAGACUCCAUCAGCAUGAGCAAAUGUACAGAGGAUGCCAGGACUUGUGUGGAGUUUGAAGAAUUGACUGUGAGCCAGCUCCUGCUUUGCCUAAGGGAAGGAAACCAAAAGGUGGAGAGACUUGAAAUGGCACUCAGAGAAGCCAAAAAAAGAAUUUCAGAAUUUGAAAAGAAAGAAAAUGGCCAUUCUGCAAUUGAGACCCAGACAGAGGGGAGAACAGACAAAGAAGAGGACAAAGGCCCAGAGAGUUUUGGAAGCGAAGUGGAAACACUGAACGUUCAAGUGACCUCUCUGUUUAAGGAGCUUCAGGAGGCGCACACGAAGCUCAGUGAGGCUGAGCUGAUGAAGAAGAGACUUCAAGAAAAGUGUCAGGCUCUGGAAAGGAAGAACUCUGCAACCCCAUCAGAGCUGAAUGAAAAGCAAGAGCUCCUUUACAGCAACAGGAAGUUAGAGCUGCAAGUGGAGAGUAUGCGCUCCGAGAUCCAGAUGGAGCAGGCCAAGACGGAGGAGGAGAGGUCCAGGUUAGCCACUCUACAGGCAACUCACAACAAGCUCCUUCAAGAACAUAAUAAAGCACUGAAAACAAUUGAAGAACUGACCAAACAACAGGCAGAGAAGGUGGACAAGAUGCUGCUGCAGGAGCUCAGCGAGAAGCUGGAGCUGGCCGAGCGGGCUCUGGCGUCCAAACAGCUGCAGAUGGACGACAUGAAGCAGACCCUUGCCAAACAGGAGGAGGACCUGGAGACCAUGGCUGUCCUCAGGGCGCAGAUGGAGGUGUACUGUUCAGAUUUUCAUGCUGAGAGAGCCGCCAGGGAGAAGAUUCAUGAAGAAAAGGAACAGCUGGCCUUGCAGCUCGCAAUUUUGCUGAAAGAGAACAACGACUUUGAAGAUGGAGGCAGCAGGCAGUCCUUGAUGGAAAUGCAGUGCCGGCACGGGGCGAGAACCAGCGACUCUGACCAGCAGGCUUACCUGUUUCAAAGAGGAGCCGAGGACAGGAGCUGGCAACACGGGCAGCAGCCUCGCAGUAUUGCGGUUCACUCAUGCCCCAAGUGUGGGGAGGUCCUGCCGGACAUGGACACACUUCAGAUCCACGUGAUGGACUGCAUCAUUUGAGUUCCUCUCCACUCCCCAAAGCUCUUGGUAAACGCCAGAUUUCUCCUCCAACACUUGUACUUCUGUCUUCUUUUUUGUCACACAAAUAUUUCUGCCACACUAUCCUUAUUUCUGGAGAAAGGAAGUUGUACCCCUCCUAAGGAGAGCGCCUGGACCGACAGGAAGUCACAAACAAGAAUCGAAUUAGCACCCUUCCAAUACGAGAGCCAGUGUUUUUAUGUUCUGCUCAUGAGAGUCGCUGAGAGCAGUCAGCCAGAAUGGGACAGCCAUGUGACCAAGUUCGUGAAAUGACAUGGGAGGAACUCACUGAAGGUGAGAACCUGUAAGAGGCAGGAAAUUGAAAUGGUGGGGAAGCACGGCUGCAGUGUUUAUCUAGGGAAUCCUUCCCCCGCAGGCAUCGCGUUCUGUGUGCACUUAUGUGGAAGUUACAUGUGGCUCCUUCUGAGCGAGCCCUGGGGUAUCUGUUGAUACCAGGACAGGUGGGGCUCGGAGUGUAUGUAGCUCAGGAUUGCGGUACUUCCCUCCGCUGCUCAGUGUAACGUUACCCUCAGUCUCUGUACCGGAGGUGCACAGGCUAGUACAGUACAUAGUUUAAUUUUUAAGAGCAGCUACUUUCUUCAUGAUGAAGUAGCAGCUUACAGUUAUUACAAAGUGAACUUUUGUGAUAUGUGUGUUCCGCUGCUCAUACAUGACCAGCAACACUGUAGUGUGUAUAUUAAUACUGAGAUGUUCUGAUCAAUGUGGAUAGGAGCGGGUCCUUUUACUAGAGGCCCAUGCAUGCUUGAAUGAGAUUCCUGAUAUAGACGUAGCCAGAGCCAUGUGCGGCGGCGGCGGUGAUGGUGCAUAGCACACCCGCACGGGAGACCGAGGCAGGGGAUCGCCAGCUCGUGGCCACAUAGGUCUACACAGAAUAAUGGGGAUUUGCCAUACUUUGUGUUAAAAAAGUUAGCAAGAACUAAACAAGUCCACAAGUAAACAGCAUCAAGUCCUAACACAAUUAAGAGAAUUGUUUUGUGUUGAUCAUAGGACCUGGGGUUAAAUAUACACAGAUGUGUAUUUAAAUAAAAUAAAAAUACUUCAUUCAUCUCAAUGGAACAGAGUCCUCAGAUGACAGGUAAUCCUCACACCUGAACAGUUAUCCCCUCCAAGACAGUAGAACACAGGACUGUUCAUCAGUAGUUAGUUUAGAACCCCCCUCAGACUCUAGGGACAAUGUUUGCUAAUGACAUUUCUAAAAUUACAAUGACAUUUUUUCUUUUCUUAUUGUUUCUAGUAUAAAUUUCUUUACUAUUUUAUACUGGAUAAAGCAGGUUUUUAAUGUAUCCCAGAUCCAGGAGGAAACCAAACCGUUUUACAAUGAGGUUACUGGGGAAAUCCUUUUGCUUUGUUCAAGUAUAAUUAUCUGAUAAAUCUAGAAUGUGAAGUGAACACUCAAAUGGUCUUACUAAGACUAUGACCUACGCAUUUGUUUGAUCAUGAAGAGGAUUACAAAUGAAGAUAAGUUCAGAUUAAGACUUAGAGAGAGAUCUAUGUACAGCAUCUUCCACAGCAGCUAGGAUACAGUGCAACCUAGGCAUCCAUUCCCUGGGAUUGGAUAAGGAAACGCAAUACUCAGAUACAGUGAAGUAGUACCCAGCCUUGAAAAAGAAGGAUUAUAUCACCUGGAGGGCAGCAAGCCAAGUGAAAUAAGCUAGUCAUAGAUACCACGUGAUCUCACAUGUGGACUCUGAAGAAACGUAGCGGUGGAUGUUUAGAGCUGCGCAGUGCUUAGCAGGACAGGAGGAAGGCGUAGGAAGGUAGAGAUGCCGGACGAAGGCACAAAGUCUCAGGAGGGAUAAACUGUAGUGAUCUACUGUACAGAAUAGUGACUGUAAUAAUUUGUAUAUUAAGGCUAUAUCACCAGUUUAGUAAACAACUUGUAAACCCUC